GGGAUGCUGCUGCCGCUGCUGCGGAGUAGCUGCUUCCCUUCCUCCUCUCCCGGCGGCGGCGGCGGCGUGGAGGCGGGAGCGGGCGGCCGGCCGGCGUCGCAGCCGCCGCGCGGAGGCCGCGGGCCGCGGGAGUGGGCGGACGCCGGGGCCGACCCCCGGCGCGCGGCGGAGGCCGAGGGGGCGCCGGGGCGCGGGGCGCGCGGCCGGGGGGCGGGCGGCGGGCGGCGGGCCGAGCGCGAGCCGUAUGCGGGCAUGGAUCCGGGCGCCGCGCUGCAGAGGCGGGCCGGGGGCGGCGGCCUGGCCGCGGGCUCCCCGGCGCUGUCCGGGGGCCAAGCCCGCCGGAGGAAGCAGCCCCCCAGGCCGGCCGACUUCAAGCUGCAGGUCAUCAUCAUCGGCUCCCGCGGCGUGGGCAAGACCAGCCUGAUGGAGCGCUUCACCGACGACACCUUCUGCGAGGCCUGCAAGUCCACCGUGGGUGUUGACUUUAAAAUCAAAACUGUAGAGCUACGAGGAAAGAAAAUUAGGUUACAGAUCUGGGACACAGCAGGGCAGGAGAGAUUCAACAGCAUUACCUCAGCUUAUUACAGAAGUGCCAAGGGGAUCAUAUUAGUAUAUGAUAUCACCAAGAAGGAGACGUUUGAUGAUUUGCCAAAAUGGAUGAAGAUGAUUGACAAGUAUGCCUCAGAAGAUGCAGAACUUCUCUUAGUUGGAAAUAAGUUGGACUGUGAAACUGACAGAGAAAUCACCAGACAGCAAGGUGAAAAGUUUGCACAGCAGAUAACUGGGAUGCGAUUCUGUGAAGCAAGUGCCAAGGAUAACUUCAAUGUGGAUGAAAUCUUUCUGAAACUUGUUGAUGACAUUCUGAAAAAGAUGCCUCUGGAUAUUUUGAGGAAUGAGUUGUCCAAUAGUAUCCUCUCAUUACAACCAGAACCUGAGAUUCCACCAGAACUGCCUCCACCAAGACCACACGUCCGAUGCUGUUGAUUUGCUACUUUGGAGACAAAGUGGAAAUGAUUCCUGGAAAGGGGAAGAUGUUCUAUUCUGCACUACAAUCAUUUUGAAACUUUCCUUUCGCACUUUGUAAUCCAAGUCAGAGCUAUACACUAACUUGUAAAUAUGCAAAUAUGCAAUACUGGGUAAGUUUUGGUUAUAAAAAUCACAUAUUUCCCUCCAAAUUACUAUAUUUCAUUCAUUAUCCCAGGGUCUAGUGUAUGCACACUGGGAAAUGUAGUACUUCUAAUAUGAAGAAUGGGAGAAAUGAAAGGUAUAAUGUUUCUUGAAAUAAAUAAUAUAAUUGUCCUUGUUAAUUAUGAGGACAAAAGAUAUUCUGAUAAGAAGAAAGAACGUGGUGCUUUGCUUACUGUUUUAAAGAAAAUUUGUAAACUAAAGACUUUUUGGAAAAAAGCUAUCUUAAGUGCGUUUUCUUUAUUUACAGGACAUUUCCCCCAGCUAUCGCAUCUUUGAAAUAUUGGGGUAUUUCUGGCACAAAGCAAAACUCCAUUCAUAGCUGUCAUUGAAGGUUAUUUAUUACUGUUAUGUAAUGAUAGGAUAUUAUACUUAGAGGGUAGGAUUUGACUUGGUCCUGAGGCCACAGAGUCUCUCAUGGUUUCCUAAUAGAUGUACCUAUGCUUUUAAGAACUACAGAGAUUCAAUAAAGAAAUAAGUGGUUUUGAAA